AUGAGGUGGUUUAUAAAAAUCUUUUAUAAUUAUCUAUUUUUGGCUGUUAUAUUAACUUUUUUUGUCAAAUUUAGUUAUUCACAUCCGUUUAAUUUAUCAAGUAUCAAAAACCUUAAAGCAAGAUAUGAUGCUAAUGAAGAUGUUAUUUACAUUGAGUGGGAGGCUAAUGAAUAUAAUGUUAAUGGUUUUAUCAUUAGAUAUAGAUAUAUUUCAAAAAAUAAUGUUAAUGGAAAUCAAUGGAAAUAUAUAAGAAGUACUGAAACAUCAACAAAAUUACAUGAUAGAGAUUACAAAAAUAAUGAUGAAAUUGAGGUACAAAUUAAAGCUGAAAAUGGUCGUAAUGAUGAAUUUGAUUGGAGUAAACCAUUAUUUAUAGAAAUAACAAGUAAAAAUCCUUAUAAUCCUUUAAAUAAUGAUGAUGAAAAUGAUAUUAAUUUGAAACCACCUGAAAAUUUAAGAUAUACAAUUAUUAAUCCUAGUAGUCUUAAAAUUGAAUGGGAUCCUGUAUAUUUUAAUAAUUUAAAAAUAUAUUAUAUUGUAAUUUUACAACAACAAUCAUCAACAUUAAGAGACAAUUAUCAAAGACAACAAAUAAAAAUUGAAGCAACAAAUUUUGCCAUAGAAAAUUUAACUCCUGGUGAAAGUUAUGAAAUAACGAUAAGAACAGCAAUAAGCUCACAACAAACUUCAACAAUGGCAGCUGUUCUUGUUAUAAAAAUGCCUAAUGAAAAUGAAUUUUUUGAAAUUGAAAAUAUAAUAAUUUCUAGUAAAUUUUUUAAAACUGGUCAAGGUUUUGUUAAUAUAACAUGGGAAAUUCCUCAACAAAUGCAAGAUAAAGUAUCUGCAUAUAAUAUUAGAUAUUCAUUAGUUAAUCAAAAUAAUAGUAUAAAACAAAAAACAUUUAAAGGUGACAAACCUGAAAUUAUUUUAGAUGAUCUUUUAAGCAACUCUGAAUAUAAAAUAAAUAUAAAAACAAUAUUAAAAAAUAAUAUUAUAAUUGAUAAUGGUGAAUUUUUCUUUACUACACCAAAAAUAGCAUUAGAUACAAUGAAAAAAAUUGAUGUUAUAUUUUCUAAUAAUAUGAAUACUGUACGUUUACAAUGGAUAUUAGCAGAUUUUAUUAAUAAAGAUGAAAUUGAAAUGUAUCAAAUAUAUUAUACUAUGGAUAAAGAUUUAACUUUUAAUAGAUGGAAUACUAUUAAUGUACCUAGAGAUAAUGAAAAUAUUAAAAUUGAUGGAUUACGUGAAAAUACUGUAUAUUAUGUUAGAAUAAGAAUAUAUACAAAAGAUAGAAAAAUUUUAGACUCACCAACAAUUUAUCGUUUCACAACAAGUGACAAUUAUUCAUUAAAAUCUGAACUACAAUCAUCAAAUACAUUAUCAUAUAGAAAUGUUGGUCCAGGAACAAUUAUUUUAAAUUGGUAUUAUGAUGAUAAUAUAAAAAAUAAUAUAACUGGAACAACAAUAUUAUAUACAAAAAAUAAAAAUUUAAGUUAUGAUAAAUGGAAUAAAAAAAUUUUACCAAAUUCUCAAUAUACACAAACAUUAUUAGAUAAUUUAGAACAAGGUACUAAAUAUUAUGUUGAAAUAAUUCCUCAUUUUAAAGUUCCUAUAAGUAAUCGUAAUUACAUUCAAACAUUAGAAAUUCAUACAGAUGUUUUGGAUUCAAAAACAAAUUGGGAAUUUCCUUAUUUAAACAAAACACGUAGAACUAAACGUUUAAUUAUUGAUAAGAUAAAUUAA